GGUCUUAGAACUCUCAGAAUACGUGCUUAUAAGAGGUUGCAGCCCCGGCUCUGGUCUCGUGCUAGCAGCUUCGCGUCCGUCCUUGUGGCAUCUUCAGUCCUGCCCCGUCAUGCCGUUUGUCCAAGAUAUCCGCUCGUUUAUUCGUGAAUCGUCGCGGCCAGUUGCAGAAAGGCUCCAUCUGCAUAUCCUCCCGGACUACUCCGACAUCAUGGUCAUCUCUGCUCUGUUCUUUUUCACUCUGCACCAUACCAUAUCUCCUGUAAUAAGCAGAAUCCUCUUCCCGGUCUCAUACGGCAAGGCCAACAAGAAGACGCGUAACAACUGGGAUGCCCACGUAGUCUCUCUUGUCCACGCAGCGUUGAUCGUUGCCCUCUCUCUGCGAUGCCUGAACAUACCCACCCUGAGUUCCGAUCGUGUCUUCGGUUUCCACAACGGCUCGACCUUUGUUUCUGCCAUCGCAUGCGGGUAUUUUAUAUGGGAUGCAACGGAAGCAAUUGUACAUUACACAGAAUUUGGUUUCGUGCUUCAUGGUAUCGCGUGCUUCUUGGUCUUUAUACUUGGCAGUAGACCAUUUGCACACUACCACGCCGUGCGCUUCUUGUUAUGGGAAGUGAGCACCAUAUUCCUCGAUAUCCAUUGGUUUUUGGACAAGACCGGGAAGACGGGUAGCGUUAUCCAGCUCAUAAAUGGCGUAGCGUUGCUCGGAACGUUUGCCAGCGUACGACUGAUCUGGGGUGGCAUAAUCUCAUACGACUUUUGGAAGACGCUGCACAGCGUGUUCAACCAGCUUCCAUUGUUUUAUGUUGUGGUGUACGGAAGUGGAAACGUCAUGCUCAACCUUCUCAACUGGUUCUGGUUCACCAAGAUGAUCGCUGCGCUUCGAAAGCGCUUCUCCUCCAACGGCAACGCCAAUGGUAAUGACAUUCACCGGAAAAGCAACGGCGAUAUGGAACAUAAACAAUUUUAAUGCAUCAAGCCGAACAUAGUCCAUCCAGGGAUGACGGACCAA